CCAGAGUAUGAGAUAUACGAAAAUGACGAUGAUCUUACUGACGAGGAGGACAUCUUGAAUGGAAAUGACGCAGAACAUAGAUCUAGAACUAAACGUGAAUGCCCAUUCAUUCGAUGGAAAUUUCGAUUUGAAUGGGUUCCAAACCAAGAAUUCUCACCCUGGUGGGAGUCACCCAGUCAAAGACUAAUUUAUUCAACCAUUUUACCGGGUACUUUGAGAGUUUUUUUAUGCCCUGAAUGCAAGGCAUGGUCUAAUCAAAAUCAAUGGGUUAAAGUACCAGAUGAUCUCAUCUAUGAUCCAGUGUUUCUCAAUCCUGGUCUAAUAGCUCGUGAUCAAUUGCAUCGCAUACCAUUCUCAAUAUUGCCACCACAACCUCCAAGCACGUUAAAUAAUGACAUAACAAAUUCUAAUGUCUUAUAUG